AUGGAUAUCCAACAGCACCACCCAUCUCCAAUCCAUUCCACCAACACCACCACCACCACCACUUUCACCGAACCAACCAAACCCAUAAAAUCCAAACGCCUCCUUCUCUUCUUCAACAUCCUCCUCCUCCUCAUCGGCGGCAGCGGUAACCCCCUCAUCCUCCGGGUCUACUACCUCCACGGUGGAAACCAUAAAUGGUUCACCUCUUUCCUUCAAUCCACCGGCUUUCCUUUCCUCCUCAUACCCCUCCUCUUCUCCUUCUUCCGCUCUCCCCGCCGCCAGUUCUUCCGCAUCUCCCCUUUCCUCCUCCUAUGUUCCACCUUCAUCGGCCUCUUAACCGGAAUGGACAACUUUUUCUUCUCCUACGGCGUAUCUUACCUCCCCGUCUCCACUUCCUCCCUCCUCAUCUCCACCCAACUCGCCUUCACCGCCAUCUUCGCCUACUUCAUCGUUAAGCAAAAGUUCAGGGCUUCGUCAAUAAACGCGGUGGCUUUACUGACGUUUAGUGCGGCGGUGCUCGGCGUGCACGCUAAUGGCGAUCGACCGGAAGGAGAAUCGAAUACUAAGUACUAUAUGGGGUUUGUUAUGACGCUCGCCGCGGCGGUAAUGUAUGGGCUGAUGUUGCCAUUGGUGGAGCUUAUGUACGCUAAGUCUAAGAUGAAGAUUGGUUAUACGUUGGUGAUAGAGAUACAGUUUGUGAUUGGGGUCAUCGCCACUGCUUUCUGCGCCGUCGGGAUGGCGGUCAGCAAGGAUUUUCAGGCCCUGUCGAGUGAAAGCCACAACUACGGCCUCGGCCAAACCAAGUACAUUUUAAUCGUCGUCUUCAACACCAUCAUCACGCAGUGCUUCUUCUUAGGGAUGGUGGGCACCAUAAAGUACUCAACGGCGCUGCUCGGCGGCGUCAUACUCGCCAUCUGCAUCCCCAUUACCGAGUUGCUCGCCGUCUUCUUCUUCCACGAGAAGUUCGACGGCGAGAAAGGCGUCGCCGUCGCUCUCUGCCUCUGGGGCACGGCUUCCUACUUCUACGGCGAGUACAAAUCUUACCGCAAAGGCGCGGCCUUGUUCUCGGCCUCAGAGCUUGUUUGAGCGGCCGUCUGAUCUCCAUUUCGUUGCUGAAACAGAGUUUUUUGGGAUGUUGCGUUUAAAUGAGCUGAUCUAGAACUUGAAGUGGGUCUCUGCCACUUUAAAUUAGAAAGCAUUUAAAUAAAUGAAUUAAGUG